GUCGGAAGAGGUCGUCGGUCGUCCAUGCAGCUGCAGACGUUGGCGUACGCCAUCUCCGGCGCCUUCACGCUGCUUUCCAUUAUCCUUUCGGGAUGGCUCAUCUGGACACACUUGCUGUACAAUCCGUCAGCCGGCAUCCGCAAGCACGUGAUCCGCAUCCUCAUGAUGGUCCCCAUUUACGCGCUAACGUCCUACAUGGCGCUGGUAUUCAACGAGUCCAAACUGUUGUUCGAGACUGUGCGCGAUCUGUACGAAGCCUUCGCGCUCUAUUCGUUUCACUGCUUCCUGGUCGAGUAUCUGGGUGGCCAAUCCGUUCUAGCAAGCACCAUGCGCUCCAAGCCGCAGAUGACACACGUCUUCCCUUUCUGCUGUGUACAGCCGUGGUCCAUGGGCGGCAAGUUCCUGCGUCAAACCACCAUCGGCAUCUUGCAGUACAUUCCCAUUAAGCUGCUUAUGAGCAUCGUCAUGCUCAUCACGAGCUUGGCAGGUGUAUACGGAGAAGGAGAGCUCAUGAACCCCCUAGUGAGCUACGGCUACGUGUGCUUUAUCCUCAGUGCGUCGCAGACGUGGGCACUUUACUGUCUGCUGAUAUUCUUCCACGGAGCUCACGAGGAGUUGCAGCCCAUGCGGCCAUGGCCCAAGUUCCUGGCCAUUAAGGCAAUUAUUUUCUUUACGUACUGGCAGUCGAUCAUGAUUAGUGGACUUGUAAGUGUCGGGGUCAUCUCGGAGAAGUGGCAUAUCGGCUGUCCGGACUGCUGGGACGCUCAGAAAAUCGCCUCCGCACUGAAUGACUUUGUCAUCUGCGUCGAGAUGCUGGGCUUUGCCAUUGCCCACCACUACGCCUUCGCGAUUGAAGACUUUUUGUCGCCGUCAGGUACGGCAGGUGUUAGUGUGCCGUCUUCGAACGUCAAGGCACCACUGCUGGCCAAUUUUAUGGACGCUAUCAACGUGACGGACGUGUCGACAGACCUCAAGAACUCCCGGAACGAGAUUCUCACCAAGAAACAGGCGCUGGCUGCCAAGUUCGAGCGCAUGAACUCGACUUCACCUGGUGGUGGCAUGUUUUAAUAGCGUCAGUUAAAAGGGAGCGAUACAGUAAGCACACG